UCCUAAGAGACUUGUCACCGUCCCCAAGGAAUAUGCAUGGUACGUUAGCACGCACCACACGUCUCAGGAUCGGCAGUUUAGGCUGUGAUGCAGAUCGGAUGCAGAGGGGGUUGUCGCUACACCGCUCACUGAUUUAGCAACAUGUCCACUCUAUGGUCGACAAAAUUGUGAUGUCGCAUAGACUACCAUCAAAUCUAUGUUGGUGUUAUUAAUACCUUCGUAUAGUCCAGCACUGUUAAGAUUCCAAAAGAUCGUCCCAAGAUGUUACCGAGCUACCUCACAAUCUCAGCGGCAUUGAUAGCAAUGGGCGUCGAGGUGGCGGCCUACUGGUCUCCCUUAAGAAAGGCUGUCCCACUGGCGCAACCUGGGGAUCAUGUUUGCCAACAAAUCGCACCUUUCAGGGAGCCAGUUAUCAUAUCAACGACGGUUCUUGCUCAUCACCGGAUCUAUUACGUAGCAUGCGGCGACAUCCUCAAAUUGUUCACAUGUACCGUUCGAAGACCCGUGUACCGAGCUGCGUAUAAGACAGAAAUCCGUUCCGGUUACAAAGUGCGUCGUGUAUGCUGCCCAGGCCACACACUUAAAGGUACCAUGUGCCAUCCUUGCUCAACGGGUUACUAUGGUAUCAACUGCGACUUCCGAUGUCCACAGCUUUGCUUGCAAGGAGAUCACGGCACCUGCAGACCUAUGGAUGGGCAAUGCACCUGCAUGCCUGGCUACCAUGGCGUCACGUGUGAUGAAGAGUGUCCAUCGGGACGAUAUGGACCUGGGUGUACCAGCUUCUGUCAGUGUCCGCAAGGGGCGACGUGCAACAGCAUGACGGGGGCAUGCCUCUGCAAUCCCAGCUCACGAAAUGUACAUUGUCUACAGGCCACGCAGUUACCAUCUGGUGGCGCUGUCACCACAUCUCACAUGUCGGUGUUUUGUCUUCUGCUUCCAUGCCUGCUGAUCCGACUGCUCAUCAAUCUUGAUGGCUGUUGUGGAGCUCUGUACGCGUUAUGUCACUGGAAUAAAUAACGAUAGAAGAACUGUGAAUGUGUGGUGACCGAUUUUUUUUGUUCCUUCAAAGGGCCAUGUAAUAAUUAAUUUCAAUUAAUCCUUGAACAUCAAUCAAUCCUUGAGUAACCUAUUUAACUUUCCGUUUUAAGGAUAUUUUGGUACCUCUUGGUUUUAAUACUAAUGCAAAUUUUCUGAU